AUGAGAAUUCAUGCUCUGGCACUUGUGUUUCAAGUGCAAUUCACAUCAGUUAUGCGAGGUCCUCAUAUCUAUAAAUCUAUGUGGACUCCAACUUUGGGAGGGAAACUUAACUGCCACGAGGAUGAUCGCAAGGAAGCCAAACAACAUGAUGAAUAUGCAAUUUGGAUGUAUUUGGGAGCUAAUACCAGCAGCGAGCUUGUAGGACAUGUGCCAAUGGAACCAUCUUACCUUAUCUAUACAUUUCUGAGAGCUUACGAUGAUAAUGAGGUUUCUGUUAAAGUAACAGGGUCAAGAAGGCUGGAGAACGGACUUGUUGUGUCAGGAACAUUCAAAGUGCAGACACCAAGCAGGGCUAUUUCCAUAAAGUUUGAGCGGGAGAUUUUGCACCCGAAAGAACUUUGUGCCCACAUGGACAUUUCAAUCAAAACUUUGAGAAAAAUUCCAAUGUUGUCAUAA